AUGAGUAUCUCGUCGUCUCCUGUUACCGACAUUGCCCGUGCUGCACGUUUAGCCUCUGUCAGCCUGCAGUCCGUGACCAAUGAACAAAAGAAUGAAGCAUUGCUGCGCAUUAAACAAGUGCUGGCUGAACGCAAAGACGAGAUUUUCAAAGCCAACGAGGAGGACAAAAAGUUGGCUGAGGAGCAGGUCAAGGCCGGCAAGUUGUCGAGUUCCUUGUUCAAGCGUCUGGAUAUUUGCAACGGAGACAAGUUCGAAACGAUCUUAUCGGGUGUGAGCGACAUUACCAAACUGGACGAUCCUACAAAGAAAGUGACAUUGGCCACCAAGUUGGAUACCGAUCUUCAGCUGUACCGUGUGAGCGUCCCUGUGGGUGUGUUGCUGACAAUUUUCGAAGCCCGCCCGGAAGUCGUGGUCAAUAUUUCUUGCUUGGCCCUCAAAUCCGGCAAUGCUGUAAUUCUCAAGGGCGGUAAAGAAGCGACGCAUACGAAUGCUGUCUUGGCUCGGGUGAUUCAAGAUGCUUUGGCCAGUCUUUCCAGCAGCGGUAUUCCGAAAACGGCGGUUCAAAUUGUCGAAACACGUGAAGACAUCAGUGCGUUACUGGAACAGGACCGAUACAUUGACAUGGUGGUGCCUCGCGGAAGCAAUAGCUUGGUGAAAUAUAUUCAGAAUAACACUAGAAUCCCCGUUCUCGGUCAUGCCGAUGGCAUUUGUUCGGUUUAUAUCGAUAAAGAUGCUAAUAUUGCUAAAGCGGCCAGAAUUUCAGUGGAUGCGAAAACGAAUUACCCUGCGGCGUGCAAUGCUGCUGAAACUUUGUUGGUGCAUCGCUCGCUUCUACAAUCCGAUGCAUUCAAGACGGUUGCUCAAGCACUUCUGGACGCGAAUGUGACGUUGAAGUGUGAAGCCGAACCCAAGGCGGCGUUGGCAGGACUUGGAAGCGACAAGGUGGUGGAUGCCACAGAAGAUGAUUUCUAUACCGAGUUUUUGGAUCACACAAUGGCCGUCAAGGUUGUAGCGGAUGUGAACGAGGCGGUGGAACAUAUCAACGAGCAUGGUUCCAAGCAUACCGAUGCUAUUGUCACUGAGAAUGGCGAAACGGCUGAUUUCUUCAUGACACGCGUGGAUGCCGCGGGAUGUUAUUGGAAUGCCAGCACCCGUUUUGCCGAUGGUUUCCGUUACGGUUUUGGUGCGGAAGUUGGUGUAUCUACCAACAAGACGCAUGCUCGCGGACCGGUAGGAUUGGAAGGUCUGGUUAUCUACAAAUACCGUGCCUAUGGCAAUGGUAACGUCGCUGGCGAUUACGGAUCAGGCAAGAAACAGUAUCUUCACGAACCCAUUAAUGCCAGCGAGCGCAUUCUGUAA